GGAGAAACACACACAGACAGAUAUGAGGCCACUUACAUCCCUCGAAACACACAUUACCGGGGACCCUGUUGCAGUAGGGGAUGUGCUCCAGUGAGGGUCGUGGCACCUGCCCUCUGGGCCCCAAUGAGAUCCAGUGUUCUAAGGAAAGGGAGGACAAUCAACUUGGGUUCUGCAACCAGCUGGCCUGCAAGGAUGCCGACGCCCGUCACAGACCUCUGGAACUACAUCCCAGAAGAAAUCCUGGCCCACAUAUUUUACUACUUGCCUCUCAAAGACAGACACGCGGUCUUCCAUGUCUGCCAGCACUGGGCUGCGGCGGUUUCUACCAGUUCCGUCUGGAGUUUCACUGAGAUCAGUUGUGAUGCUGAGAGUGAUGGCGGCAUGUUGCAGAGCUUGCAUCAGUUCCUGGGCCACAUCAGACACUUGAAGAUUGUGUUUGAUCAGUCCAAGGAGGCGAUCCGGAAGAACGUCACCCAGAUCUUAGACCUCCUGGCCAAGCAGAGCCACAAGCUGCAGGCCCUGUGUAUUGCCUGCAGAGGGGAGAACCCAUAUUUCUAUUCUGGCCAAGACAUCCUGCGGAGCAUUGGAAACAUUUGCCGGAGCGAGAACAAGAUCAACCUUCAGUGCGUCGAUUUCCGGCAAAUGCCUUUCACUCUGGACGACGGGAUUGUUCAGCUGAUUGCCGCAAACAGCCCGAACUUGCACACCUUGUUCAUCAACAACCGCACCCUGGUCUGCAACGUCAAGCCAGAGACCAUCAGCGAGGUGUUGAGGGUCUGCCCUAAAUUAUCCACCUUAGGGGUCUAUUAUGCUAGCCUGUCUGAGGAUGUCUUUCAAGAACUGCUGGAACCAAACCAAAGGCCCUUCAAGUGCUUGGACAUUUUCUGCGAGCGCCUAGACAAGUACAUCCCUGUCAUUUCAGAGCAACUCUGGGCUCUCGUGAGUAAGAAACACCCAGCGCUCCACGUAGAACUGGAGUUUGACCACACUGUCCCUGCCUGGAAGAUCCCCCGGAUCCUGAAGUCAAAUAUCCCCGUGACCACUUUGCAACUUAACACCUUUACGUAUAUGGUGAACCAAAUUCGGUUUGUUACUUAUUGCUACAGCAGGACUUUGGAGAAGCUGGUCCUUCACACCACCCCAUCCGAUGACCUCAACUCCUCACUUAUAGACCUGGCCAAGAAAUGUCUGCAUUUGAAAGAGAUUCACUGUUAUUGUGUGGUUAACCAAGAAGUGGUCGAUGCUUUCCUCUUAAAUUGUACAGAUCUGAAAAGAUACACGCUGAAGAUCACCAAAGAACGCCACCCUUGGCAACCAACAAUAGUCCAGUAGCUAUUUAUAGAAUAGGCCUUUUCACACAGUCAUUUGCAUCUAAGUUUUAACGUGGGUUACCAAUAUUAGUGUGACUGUGUGAACUCAUGCCAAGGUGGGGAUCUUGAGUUCACACAAUCACUCUACUGUUGGUAAUUGAACACUUAACCUAGAUUCAAAUAAUUGUGUAAACAAGCCUAAGAUAAUGACACAUUUGCACAUUGCAACUAGAAUAGCCCACACGAUUCUAACCUGUGGAGGUGGAGUGCCCAGCCAGGGUCGGAGAGCUGCGUGUGCUCCUGAUCUGUGGUCCCAGAGCAUGGCCUAAAGGCACACGAUACAGCCACCUUGCUGAAGCUAAGCAGGGCUUAGUGUGGCCAGUGCCUGAAUGGGAGACUCCUAUAUGCCACCUUUGGGGAUGUGGCUGUAGCUCGCUGGAGUGUCUGUUUUGCCUGUAGAAGGUCCCAGGUUCCGAAACCUUGGAAGAGCUGCUAAAGCUCAGUGUAAACAAGACCUAGCUAGAUGGACCCAUGCUCUCUGUUUUGGCUUGUGGCUGUAACAUUAAAGAACUUGAACUUGA